AUGCCGUCGCAAGACCUGGAGCAUGUGCACAGUGAGGCCGACUCCCUGCUGCACCGCGGCCAGGAGAGAGCCCAGCGCUUCUUCCACGGCUUCGUCGACUUUGCCUUUCAGGGCAACAUUCUAGAAAUCGCGUUUGGUUUGAUUGUCGCGUCUGCAUUUACCGACCUUGUCAAGUCCUUUGUCGGCGCCAUCUUGAUGCCGCCCAUAGCCGUCAUUUUCCCACUCAACAAGAACAUCGAGGAAAAGUUCGCGGUCCUGCGACGGGGUGAAAGGUCGAAUGCAACUGCACACUACAGCACUGUUCAACAAGCGCUCGACGACGGGGCCGUCGUAAUGGCCUACGGGUACGUGUUCACGCAUAGAACCAUGUCGGUUCAGAUUCUCGUUGAUGUUGACGCCAAGAAUAGCUCAUUCAUCUACCAACUCGUAUCUUUUACCAUGGUUGGUCUGUGCCUUUAUGGUGUAGCGCACAUUUACACAUUGGUCUCCCACGAUCCCAUCAUCAAAUACACGACCAAGUGCCGAUACUGCCGCAAGCGGAUCAAUGAAAAGGUAUGCCAAGUCCCUGUUUUCCAGUCAUGA